AUGGUCAAAACCAGCUCGCUAUGCUGCCGAGUGCUGGAGGGGACAGACCUGCCUGCCAAGGACGUGUCCGGCUCCAGCGAUCCCUACUGCAAGGUCAAGGUGGACAACGAGGUGGUGGCCAGGACGGCCACGGUGUGGAAGAGCCUGAACCCUUUCUGGGGUAAGGAAAUCACACUGCUUCUGCCCCGCGGUUUCCACUGCUUCACCAUCUACGUGCUGGAUGAAGACGCCACUGGGCAGGACGAUGUCAUUGACAAGGUCUCCCUCAGCCACCAGCAGAUCUCGGCCGAGCUGCGGGGUGCUGACAGCUGGCUCAGCCUGGCACCUGUGAACCCCACCCAGGAGGUGCAGGGUGAGAUCCACCUGGAGCUGCGAGUCCCCAGCGGGGCCACACGCAGGUGCCACCUCAUCGAGGCCAGGGGACUGGUCCCUCUGGACUCCUCGGGCACCUCGGACCCCUUUGGCCGGGUGUCGUGCUGCAGGCACACACUGGAGACAGCCGUGAUUAAGAAAACCCAGUUCCCAUACUGGGAUGAGGUGCUGGAGGUCGAGCUGCCAGAAGAGGGGCUGGGAGAGGCUGUGCUGAGCUGGGACUGGGACAUCGCGGGCAAGAACAACUUCCUGGGGCGGGUCGAGUUCUCCUUGGACACCCUCUGCCACCCCACCAGGGGCUGGUUCCAGCUCCUGCCCUUCCCCACUGGUGCCCUGAGGCUGGCACUGAGGCUGCUGGAGGACACAGUCCUGCCCCCCCACCACUACCAGCCCCUCAUCCAGCUCCUCACAGCCCAUCCUCUGCCUGGCCCAGCCCUGGCUGUCCUGGAGGGGGUGACCGUAGGGGAGAGCCAGCAGCAUGUGGCCACCAAAUUGGUGAAGAUCUUGGACCAGGGGCUGUCUGUGCCCCUCCUGGACUACCUCACCACCUGCAAGCUGGCCAGGACCACUAAGUCUGAUGCCAACACUCUCUUCAGCUCCAAUUCACUGGCCACCAAAUCCACGGAGCAGUUCAUGAAGGUGGUGGGGCUGCCCUGCCUCCAAGAGGUCCUGAAGCUGGUGGUGAAUCACAUCUUUGAGGAGAAAUAUGUGGAGCUGGACCCCAGCAUGAUGGAGCUGAGCCAGGGCAGGUGGGAGGGGACUCCCUUCAAGGAGUCCCUGUCGGAGGUGCAGGAGAGCAGCCUGGAGCUGCUGAAGGACCUGGGGGACAUCAUCAAUGCCAUUGUGGGCUCGUUGGACAGGUGUCCCCUCCCCAUGAGAGUGGCCUUCAAGCAGCUCCUCAGGUGAGUGAAGGAACGAUUCCCCUUGGCACAGCACGAGGUGGGGCCCACGGAGGUCUGGUGCUUCUCUAUCAGAAGGUUCCUCUUCCUUUGCUUCUUCACUCCUGCUGUCCUCACCCCGAAGCCCUUCAGGCUCUGGGAGCAGCACGUGGAGCCCUGCGUGGACACUGGCAGAGUGCCCAACCAUCCUGCCAGCUCUGGCCGGGGGUCCCGAGGGCAGCGCGGUGGCCGGACCCCCCUGGCCGGGCCGGGCAGGGGGUUCGCUGGGGACAGGCUGCAGGAGGUGCCGAGAGACCCGGACAUCGCCCUCAACGCCUUCACCCACCGCGACGAGACCCCAGAGCCACCCCCAAGCCCCCUCCCUGCCCCGAGACCCCCGGCACCCCCCAGCCUGUAUCCCUCAGCCCACCCCGGGAAGGGCAGGGACGGCAGUGCAGCCACAGAGGGGACGCGGGGACAGCAGCCCGGCACGGGGUGUAUUCUGUAA